CGGUGCACGAGGUCAGAGAACCUUUCAUGCUGAUUGAAUCCACAUAGGCGAUUACUCGGUGUUAUGUAGCUACAGAUAGCGUGCACGCGCAUGUGCAAAUGUUUAAAACAAUUUUCUGCUUAUCGUGUAGGAGCCAGCGUCACAGCGUUGAAGCUGAAGUAAGGCGCGUUAGUUGCGGCAUGUGGAGCAGCGUGUAGCCAACAACAGGGGGAUUCGUCGGUUUGAGUAGACUCUGAAAUAACACGCCCGGCACUGUCAUGAAUGUAGCAGCCGAGAGGUACCAUGAACAAGAGUUAGAUUUCGUGGGGCGGCUCCUUGCCGUGCCCUUGGUGGCAAGACUUCUCAGUCGAGCCUCUCGGUUAUACGAAAAGGUCAAGAAUCGUUCUGUCUUUAUUUCUGUACCUAUGACAGCCGUCGAAACGACUAUUAGGAAGACCGUGUUGGUUUGCAGAGCUCUGCUCAUGCCGGUGCUGUCGCGGCCGCUACUGUACGUCGAAGCAAUGGCGUGUCGUGUCUUUGAUAAUUUGCAGCAACGCUUGGCCGAAGUUUUUUUCCGAACCGACGAGAUCGUCGCCCAUGUCGUCAUAUUGGUCGCCCAACUGAUGCUGUGUGCAAUGACAAAGAUGACGAUACUUUGUGGUUGGAUCAUUGCUGCCGUGGCUCUUCUCAUUCGUCUGACAGCAUAUUCUACGGCCAUAGUUCGUCUGCUUCAAGCUGGUUUUCGCAGCGCCUUGGAUGCGGCCGACCACUAUAUCGAUGCGCUUAUUGUCGACUACGAAGCUCGCCAUGAUCCCAGCCACAACGGUGGUGAUGUACUACCGUUGAGCGGCCGUAUUCGAACUGUUCUUCGCAAACUGAGGACUCUCGCCGAGUUAAUAUUUUGGCACAGGGCCAAAUUCCUGCUGGAUGCACAGCUUAUGAAAUGGUCUGUCGUGUUUAACAACCUGCACUACCAGAAUUCUUCAGACGUCUUUCCUCAGACGCUAUAUGAUCUAACUCUGGGCGCAGUGGAGCAUGCCUUUCUAGUCUUGCUGUUUGUGGCCGACAGAGGUGAGUUCAUCUUUCGCCGUACCUACCGCCAUGUUUUCGGAUUCUACCAGUUCAUGGUUACGCUUCCUGAACUUCAAGACGAUAUGUUCCAGUCUCCAACGCCGUCGAACGCGUCGACUGUCUCUCUCGAAGACCCCGCAUUGGACGCCGUCGAAGACCUCAACGAAGAAUAGUGCCUCCUUUGUGAUCAGCAUGCUUUGAUUGCAAUCAAGGGAGAGUAGGGAAACCAAAUUUCAUUGCUUCAGUGAGCCGGGAUGCUGUACUUCAGGGUGUUACAGAUAAUAUUGUUAAUAAACGUAUUCUGUACAGCUGCUGCAGGUUACACUGGAAGUAAAGAAGCAGUGAACAUUGAACACCAGUGGCUUAC